GGCGCAGCUCCGGGGAACAACUCAGCUCCGUGUGUGUGUGUGUGAGUGUGAGUGUGUGUGUUGAGACAAGCGGAGCGCAGGACGAAGCAGAAGAGAACUUUCCCGGGAACCACUGCGGCUGCGGCAGUUUGCGCUUCUCCCCCGCAGCUCUGGAUUUAUGCGCCUCAGAGAGGAGAGCAGCUUUCUGCCACAGUGCGCCUCGUACAUGUGAUUUCAGCACAGAGCGCAGUUUCCGGAUCAGCAGCCCACUGUUUUUGGGGGAGAUUUCCACCUGCAUCUGUUGGUAUUUUUUCCCCCCUACUCUUUAUGUCGAUUAUCGGUGAUUUCUCAUAAUCCAGCGAUUCAUCUCCAUAAAUCCUGCAGCCGUUGCAACAACAUGGACACACUUAGAUAACAAGGUUGAAGUCGUCGCUCGCAGAAAGAAGUUGAGCUCUGCGCUCGAGUUCAACAGGGCCACUUCCUGAUGAUGACAGUAAACAUGGAUGACGGUCUCCAAAAUGGACCCGGCCAGCACAGGAACUCUCAAGACGAUGAGGAGGCGCUUAACUCCAUCAUGAAGGACCUGGCAGCGUUGGGCCGCUGCUACACCCAACAGAACAGCCACAAGCCCAAGAACCGAACCUUACUCUACAAGCAGGAUUUAAGAGUCAAGCUGGAGCAUGAGAGAGAGAAACGAAUAAUCCCGUUUCAGAGGCCGCUGAAGAUCAAAGAGCUGCUGCAGAAAGUGACCGAGGCCUUUGGCCAGCAGAUGGACAUGUUCUUCAUGGAGAAAGAGCUGCUGCUGCCUCUGAAGACCCAGGAGGACCUGGACCAGGCGGUGCUGACUCUGGGCUGCAGCGCCGGGACCAACGGCCUGCUCAGGAUAUUGCUAAAGACGCCCAAAAAUAACCAUUACCUACAGGUGAACAGCAGGGACAAGCAAAGCGAGAUGCGGUCGUCGCGGUCGCUGGGAGACUUGAAGGGCUCCUUGCUCAAAGGCUCCGAGAGAGUGCGCAAACACUCCACAGGUUCCCUGCACACCGGCCGGACGUCUCCGCCUCCGGGAAGCGUCCCCGAGGAGCAGCAGCAGAUCGCUCGCCAGGGCUCGUACACCAGCAUCCACAGCGAGGGAGAGUUCAUCCCAGAAACCCCCGACCAGAACAUGCUGGAUCCCUUCGGGAGCGCCGACAACUCUCUGUCAAGCAGCUGUCAAUCAAUAGACCAAGCACUGGACAGCCCUCCGUUCUCACAGAACAACCGCGACAAUAAUUACCUGAACCUCAACUAUGAAUACAAAGGUCGCCAUGGGAAAGGAGGGACUUUCCCACGCCAGUUCCAGUUGCCCAAUCGCAGCAAGGAUUACGGAGAUCGUCGCCGGACGCUACCGCGGAGCUUCAUGCCGCAGGAGAACCUCUUCCAGCUGGUUCCCUCCAGCCGCUCGCGCAGUUACAAAGGAGACGGCAGCAUGCAGUACGGCGACCUGCGCUCGCUGGGCCGCACGGCCGACAAGAGCUGCCAGCGCGGCACGUCCAAGUCGCCACGGGCGCCAGUCAACUGGCGACAGGGGAAGCUCCUGGGGCGGGGGGCGUUCGGGGAGGUCUACCUCUGCUACGACGCCGACACGGGCCGCGAGCUGGCCGCCAAGCAGGUGCCCUUCGAUCCCGACUGUCAAGAAACCAGCAAGGAGGUGAACGCUCUGGAGUGCGAGAUCCAGCUGCUGAAAAACCUACGUCACGAUCGGAUUGUCCAGUACUACGGGUGUCUCCGGGACCUGGAUCAGAAGAAGCUCACUAUUUUCGUUGAGUUCAUGCCCGGGGGUUCAAUCAAAGACCAGCUGAAAGCCUACGGCGCCCUGACGGAGAAGGUGACCAAGAGAUACACCAGGCAGAUCCUCCAAGGAGUCUCCUACCUGCACAGCAACAUGAUUGUACACAGAGACAUCAAAGGUGCUAACAUCCUCAGGGACUCCUCGGGGAACGUGAAGCUGGGAGACUUCGGAGCCAGCAAACGCAUCCAGACCAUCUGCAUGUCUGGUACAGGAAUCAAGUCCGUCACUGGCACCCCCUACUGGAUGAGCCCUGAAGUCAUCAACGGGGAGGGAUACGGCAGGAAGGCCGACGUAUGGAGUGUGGCCUGUACCGUUGUCGAGAUGCUGACCCAGAAACCCCCCUGGGCCGAGUAUGAGGCCAUGGCGGCCAUUUUCAAGAUCGCCACCCAGCCCACCAAGCCGCUGCUUCCCGAGGGCGUGUCCGACGCGUGCCGGGACUUCCUGCGGCAGGUGUUCACGGAGGAGAAGUGGCGGCCCACCGCCGACGUCCUGCUCAGCCACCCGUUUGUCCAGGGCGGCUUCUGAGGAGCGUGGACUCCGCCCCCCUCCCCUCCCCUCCCUGACGGUCUCCGUCGUCCCGGUGCCCGCCUGCCCGCCCGCCUUGUCCCUCAGGGUCCCGCCCCCUCCCCCGCUCCACCGUCGCCAGGCUCCGGGGCUCAGCACCACUCCGACCUCCGCCCAGUCAUCCAUCACCAGUGUCUGCCUUGUCGGGGCCCCCUCUCCUCUAAACCGAACGACACAGAGGCACGCCGCCGCAGGAACCGUGACCCGAGUUCGGGAAGCGUCACGUCUCAAGCUUUCAGGCUUUAUUCACUGCUGCGGCACAGCGCAUCGGGAUCCAGUCGAAAAACAACAGCUGCGAUCGAUCGGCGACAUCGAUCACAUCUGAUAGUACUGUAAGAGGCGUCAGGACGGUCAGAUAUUUUUAUAAGACACAUCGAAAGACUUCAUAGCAGAUGAGAUUUUUAUUGUCAUCAUAGAGAAAAAAAGAACAAAUGUAAAUGGGUUUUUAGUUAACGCCUUACAAUAAGAAUUUGUAAGUGAGAAUGUGUUUUUUAUCUUGUCAGACUGGCCGUUAUCCUGCUUUCACAGCACCCUCAGCCCCGUUUAGAAGGAUGGUCAACAUUGCACUUUUGAUAUCAUGCAUCAGAAUAUUUCCAACAUGCAGGAUAAUCAACGAAGGAGAUAUUUUUCUAUUCCGUGAAGUUUUUUUUCUUUAAUUAUAUCUUAGAUAGAAUUGUGUUCUGGCGUUAAAAAAAAAAAAAGAGAAGAGAACCAAACUUUUGCAGCUGUGUGCAAUGCCUCUGAAGCAAUACCAAUACUACUGUUGGAUUCAACAUUUAUUCCAUCUUUCCCAUGCAGCCUUGUUCCAUUUAGAAGUGGCCAAAGAAAAGUUACAGAGACAGACACUUUCUAGAUAUCCUCUUUUUUUUUUUUAAUUUAAUGUAGUUAAAGUGCAUGCAGUAUUAGUCACGUCAGUCUCGCCUCAGAGCCCCGUCGCCUUCCCUGUGUCACGGCAGCUUUGUGCACAGUUAACUGAACAGACCAAAUGAGCUGCUCCAACUUCUAAUUGUUGCGCAAUGAAAUGAAACGAUCUCACAGAUUGAAGGCAGCGUCUCAUCGACGUUUACGUUCAGUAUGAAUUUUGCUCACCUCAUGCCUUUACUGAGCUUUCUGGACUGUUCCGAUGGCCCCGAACUCGCAGGGCUCGGAUGAAUUGAAUAUGCACAAGAGUCUCCAUAACAUCUCAAAGUGUUUGCAAUGUCCCCGAUUGAUAUUGGUUGAAUAUCAAACAUGUUUCCUCCAAAUAAUCUUCGUCAUCACGGUUGUAUUUAACCAUUUUCAGUUCCGAUUCCGUUUUGAAUGUAUAAUAAAUUAGCCUUCGAUGUGUCAGUAUGUCGUGUCAUCAAGUAGCUUUUGCACUUCUUUCAUGAGCUAGAGUUUCAUUUCUGGUCGGCAGAGAGCCCCCGCAUUUAUACUUUAAAGAACUCUUGAUUGUUUUGAAUGUCUGUUGUGCACCAACUCUAAAAAAAAAAAAGUUGUGAUUUUCUGUGGUGAAUCUUGUGCGAGAAUCGAGCAAAUUUCAAGCAAUAUCACGCGAUAUGUUUGGGAACUCUGCGGCGAUCAUACAGCAUUGGUGCAACAUAUGCAAACCCCCAAUUUAGUGUAAUUCCAAGCAACAAUUGUUGAAAAUUUUCACGUUUUUGUGUCUCCCACUUCUCUGGAGUUGUCGCAGUUGGCUGUUAAUGACUCCUCUGCACACUUUGCUCUGAAAAGUCCUGCGAGGCUGAACUGCAGGUCGUCGGAACGCGUGAAGCUGAAACGAUGGAGCUGAAUGCUGUAUUCUUAAAGAGGAGGGUGAGAUGAAACUGUAACAGGUUGAAGGGUCAGAGGCGUUGGUGGAGAGGCGUACUCUAGUGGCACUUAAGGAGCGAUCAAAUGUUGUUGUUUUUUUAAACUCGUCAGUGCCUUAUCGGAAUCUGCUCGUAAACACAAACGUUCACUGCCAAAGCGGAGAGCUUCCCCGUCAGAUGAGCAGCUGUUUAGUAGAGACACAAAAGAUUUGCUGAAGUUCUUUUAUACUGAAAAAAAAAGUUAUACUGUAAAUACAUAUUGUUCUGCACUUUUGUAUGAAAUUUCUUUUACAUUAUAUACAAAUCUAUUUGAUGAAAUAACUACGUUAUACAGUAGAUUGUACUGUGAUUUAGACAGCAGUAUGUAUGAAUGUCUCUGAGAGCUGGAAGGCAGUAUGAACAGACUGGGAGGCUUUCGAGUGGGACAGUUUGUUUUGUCUUAAUGACAAAGCCUUGAAACAUAAAAUGUAUUAUGUCAUCAAUCUUUUGUACAUUUAACUUAAUAAAUCAAAGGUCUAAGACU